AUGGCUGAAUAUGAGGUGUCCGUGCAACAGCUCAAUGACCUACUGACAGACGAAUGUGGAUUGUACAUGAUGCCCUCAAAACACUGCAACGAGGUUUACCCACGGAUAUAUGUCGGAAAUGCGUUUGUGGCCACCAGUGUGAUACGCCUGCAACGUCUAGGUGUCACCCAUGUGCUGAAUGCCGCCGAGGGGAACUCGUUCAUGCACGUGAACACCAAUGCAGAGUUCUACGCUGGCACGGGCAUCGUCUACCAUGGGAUGCCCGCCAGUGACACGGACCACUUUGACCUCAGUGUCUACUUUGAGGAAGGAGCUGAUUUCAUUGAGAAAGCACUUGCGUACAAAAAUGGGAAAGGCAAGGUGUACGUGCACUGCAGAGAGGGCUACAGCCGCUCCCCAACUCUGGUCAUCGCAUAUCUCAUGUUGCGGCAGAAACUGGACGUCAGGACAGCCCUGGCCUUGAUUCGACAGAAGCGGGAAAUUGGCCCCAACGACGGCUUCUUACGGCAGCUUUGCCAGCUCAAUGAUAGACUUGUAGCAGAGGGGAAGCUCUAG